UUCACAUUUGUUUAAGCUUAACCAAAAUUUAAGUUCAGUUUUUCACAAAAUUGACCGAAGAAAAGAACGAGAGCUUCUCCUCCUUCGCGCCAAAACGACCGAAAUUUCCUCUCUCACUUCCCCUCUUUUUAGUUGCCCUAUUUUUCUAUUUUCCGACAGAUAUCCUCAGAUAAACCCACUUUUCCCUUUCCUCUUCGGUCUGUAUUUCUUCACAAAUUAGGUCCGUCUCCAAUCUUUAAGUAGGGAAAGCUUUUCCGCAGAGCUGUUUACGCUAAGAUACUAUCGGAAAUAGGAAUGGCGGACAAUGAUGAGGUCCCUCUUCCUUUGGGAGACCUUUCAGACAUUCCCGACCAGUCUUUCGACUUCUCCACCUUUAUUAGCUAUGAGGACACCUUGGAUUUUGGUGGCGUUCCACAGUGCAAUGCUGUGUCAACACCUUCAGAAGACACUCUUGACCUAUCUUACGACUUUUCAUCUUUGUUUAAUGAGGACAGCAACCUGGAGGUGCGAGAGGGGACAAAUGUUGGAGGUCAACCCUCUCAGGACACCAGUACAUGUGACAACCAGACCAACCCAAAUGGCAUUCCGGGUGUCGAAGUUGUCGGUGAAUCUGUUCUCACUGCUCUUGGAUAUGCUUGUUUAAAAGCAGUAUUGUCUCUCCAUUUUUCCAAUGGGGGAAUGGCAGGAUACAGCGACAUACUAACACCUUCUGAGAACAACUUUGACCUGUCAUACGACUUUUCAGUAUUGUUUAAUGAGGAGGAUAACCUGGAUUUUGGCCGCAUGCAAGAAAACAUUGACAAUGUUGGUUCAUUGCCAGAUGAAUUAUUCCAUACCGAGGUGCCUAGGGAGGUAACAGAUGUUGGAGGUCAACCCGCUCCAGUGAAUGAGGAAGUCCCCGUUCAGGACACCAGUACAAGUGACCACCAGACCAACCCAAAUGGUGCUCCGGGUGUCGAAGUUGUUGGUGAAUCUGUUCUCACUGGAAUGGCAGGACACAACGAGAUACCAACACCUUUGGAAGACUCUCCUGACCCCUCAUCUGAUUUUGUCGGAGGUCAACCUUCUCAAUUGGGUGCCAACCACAUGAACGGAAAUGAAGAAGCCGAGGAGUCUCUUCCUACUGGGGAGCUAAUGUCGCUUCAACAAUCGAAGCGAUUUCCUGGAAAGCUGUACCAGUUUGUUGAGAGUACCGGCAAUACAAUGAUGUGGAAUCAAGAGGGAGACGGCGUAAUUUUCCACACAUCACGGUUUUCUAGAGAUGAACAUGUAGAGUUUGGGGAUUGUUAUAAAGGAAAAUUUAAAGGUUUUUGGACUAAGCUUCGAAAUUAUGGAUUCAAUAGAACUUUGAGCCCUGAUGAAUGGUUGAUCACCAAUAAAUUCUUUUUGAGGGGCAAGACGUAUCUACUUCAGUGUAUCAAGCGAGGCGGCAGUGGUGCAGUCUCCAGUAGCUUUAGCAACACCAUGGAUAAUACCAGUGUAGAUCCCGCAAUGCAAUCUAAAAUGGUGGAGAUGCUUAUGGAUCGGCAGCGUGUCUUGGAUAUUAUGGCCAUGUUAAAUGAUGCGGUAACAAGUUACUCUUGCAAGGUUGAUGCAGUGCUGGAACACGCGCAAGGAAGGUGAUAUUCACGUUUAUAAGAAAUACUGAACUAAGUAAUGAGGAUAGUACAGCUUAUGACAUAUACGGACAUAUACAGUGACAAGCCUAGUUAUACAUUGCCUGUUAUUAUAAGAAUUUUCCCUCUUUUAUAAUACGAAUUCGAUAGUCACUAUGAUACAGAUCCAUUAUUCUACAUGUGGUAGUUCCUUAAAGAGUAACUGAGGUUGUUAUUUCUGCAGUUGAUUUAUAUACCUGUGUUUUUUUACA